GCCCUUCUUUCUUUUUCACGUCCCCAAGAGAAGCAGCGAACAAGAUGAAUGACACAGUAACUGUCAGGACCCGAAAGUUUAUGACAAACCGCUUGCUUCAGAGGAAGCAAAUGGUUGUUGAUGUCCUGCAUCCUGGGAAGGCAACAGUCCCUAAGACCGAAAUCAGGGAGAAGCUAGCCAAGAUGUACAAGACCACCCCGGACGUGGUGUUUGUGUUUGGGUUCCGGACACAGUUUGGCGGUGGCAAAACAACAGGGUUCGCCAUGGUCUACGACUCUCUGGACUAUGCCAAGAAGAACGAGCCCAAGCACAGAUUGGCCAGGCACGGUCUGUACGAGAAGAAGAAAUCCUCCAGAAAACAACGCAAGGAACGCAAGAACAGAAUGAAGAAGGUCAGAGGUGUUGCCAAGGCUAACGUUGGCGCCGCUGGGAAGAAGAAGAAAUGACGUUUGUCCCAGUGAGCCUGGAAGUUCAGGGGACGAUUGCAUCCUGCUUCUGAUGUUGUUGUAUAUUGUCUUCAAAUAAAUUGUAAAGAAAUUA